UAAAAUUAUGGUUUCGCAAGUUCUUGCUCAUUUCACUGCGAACAUCUGUACGCAGGGAAUCAACGUCAAGAACUCGCGUAGUUUUGUUGUUGAAUUUAUUGUUAGCUAAGCACAAUGGGGUUGUUGAUCCGUUCACUCUUGAUCGUUAUGAUCGUGAAGUCUAUAGCGGCACGACAAAGUGCAUCUUCCAGCAGUCAGGCAACGGGUUCUUGUGACCAAGACGUAAUUGUAGAAAAACUGAAGGCCAUACUAAUAGAUUACCUAGAUCUGGUUAACGGUGAAGUAAGGAACACACAACAACAAGUGGGAGAGCUGAAAGAUUCAAUGGCUCAAACUCAAGAAGCUGUUUCAACUGAACUGGAAGCCACUAGAGGUAAAGUAGACGAGUUACAGGUGGCCACUUCUGAUAAUCGAGAAAAGAUAACAUCUGAGCUGGAAGAAACAAGAAGCAAGAUGGAAGAGUUAAAGGUCUCAGUGUCCGCCUUGGUGAAACUCAUUACUAAUGAUACCUCCGAUAUUGACGAUUCUGAUGCAACUGAUGAAUUUGCGACCACGACUGAAGGAGAUGUGUUCCCAAGGGAUUGUUCUGAUAUUCGUGCGAUCGGUGCGUCGGUGAGCGGUGUGUACAUGGUGCGACCUCUACGUUCCAGUCAGGCUUUCCAGGUGUAUUGUGAUAUGGAAACAGACGGUGGUGGAUGGACGGUGUUCCAACGGCGUCAGGACGGCAGUGUAGAUUUCUCUUUGGACUAUGCCAGCUACAGCCGUGGCUUUGGGAAUGUAGAUGGAGAGUUUUGGCUCGGUAAUGACAACUUGCACCUUCUGACCGCUCAGGGCGAGUACCAACUACGCGUGGAUCUUCAAGAUUUCGAUCAAGUUACUGGGUAUGCCAAGUAUAACUCCUUCACCGUCGCUAAUGCGAGUGAGAACUACAUGCUGCGAGUGGACGGUUAUACAGGAAAUGCAUCCAACGGGUUAAAAUCCCACAACAACAUGGGCUUCACGACCAAAGACAAAGACAACGACGUCAAUGCCUUAGGGAACUGCGCACAUCAGUAUCCAGGGGGCUGGUGGUUCAGGUUCUGUCUUUCGUCCAAUCUGAACGGGCUUUAUUUCCAUCAUGCCGAACUCGGUGGUCGGGGAGUUACGUGGAAUAGCUUUUCCAAUUAUCGCUCACUCAAAUUUUCUGAGAUGAAAAUUAGAAACCGAGUUUAAGCGAGCCCCUAGUGUGGUGAAUAACUCAUUACAGGUUACGGCAUUCUGGGGAAAUCUCCCAAUUGAAAAGUUAAAGUCCCUUUUUUUAACGUAAUAUGCUUUAAACUCUUUAUGUAAAAAAUGCCUCCUUUUUAUACGACAAUCAACAUGGUAAAAUUAGGAUUGUAUCAGCUCGUGAAAUCGAGUAAUGAAAAGUGAAUGAUCACAAUUAAUGCACAAUGUUACGAUAUCAGUGUUCGGCCUGCUUUGUCCUCAAGUUAAAUUAAUUUUGUUAUGCUUAUUAUAUCUGAGCUUAUUGAAGUUCACUUUUUUAUUUUUUAAAAGGCUUGUUGACUACUACAUUUUCCAAUAAACCAA